AUGAACAAAAACUCGGGUUUCAUAACUUGGUCUUCAUUUAUUAUUCAUUUCCUUCCCCUUUGCCUACGCCAGCAGCUGGCGAAUAGCAUCCUCCAAAUCCUCCUUGGGAAGUUCAAGCAACUCAUUCCCCACAAGCCCUCUAACAUCCCAAUUAUUCUCGAAAUUCUCAUUGAAAAUCACACUCUGGAUCAACAAAGCGACACCACUAAAAUCGCCCUUUUGAGCCUUCUCCUCUGCCUCCUUCACCUUCGGCGCGAAAUCAACAGCCUCGACCGUCCACUUCUUGCCCGAGACCUUCUCGAAAGCCGCGAGAAUGUCAUCCUGCGAAAUCGUGAAGGAGCGCAUGUAGAUCGCCUUAUUCGCCGUCUUGGGUGCGAUAGAAGGUGA